GUAGAUAUUAGAUGUGUAGUCUAUGCAUAUGAAAAUGUACGAGGAAAAUUAGAAAUGGCUCUCUCUAACAAUGCGAGAGUCCUUUGGAGCACAGGAAAAGUUGACGAUCUGAUUGCUCAUUUUAAAGCAAACCCAUGUUUGUAUGACAGGAAAACUAGAGCCUAUAAUGAUAAGGCUUUACGACUUGAAGCUUUUAGAACGAUCGCCGAUGAAAUGCAAAUUUCAUACGAUGAUGUGUACAGGAAGAUUGUCAACCUGCGCUCCCAGUUCAGGCGAGAAAAGCAUCGUGAAGUCAAGUUUGCAAGCGAGGGAAAUGCACAGGAUGCAGCCUCUCAAAUCAAAUGGAUACACUACAAACAACUCAAGUUUCUUGAUGAUUUUGUGACCCUGAGAAACCCUAGGACUGACUGCGUGCAAUACAGCCCAACAAAUGGAUUCGGUGACUUUGAUGAAAGCUUUGAAGACGAUGUGGAGUAUGAUGGCCUUGAUGUGGAUGAAUACAAAGUAGGGCUAGAAGACAAUACAAAUGAAAGAACGAUAGAUUUAACUGCCGGCGAAAGUCCUCAGCAUGAGCUGCAUAAUGCACAUACCAACAACUAUGAUUUCCAUAGACAGUCUCCAAUGCAAGAAAGAGGCGCUAAGAGAGUGCGACAAGAUUUUAACGCUCCGCAUCAGGAAUUGUCUGAAAGACGGCAAUUUCCAAACUCCACUGCACCUGAGAGACAUCAGCAUCAAGUACUUGAGAACACACACUCUUCAGGCAGAGAGUGCAUCGACCCCUCACAGAGUGCAGUGAUGCAGAGAGCCUCAUCACAUAUCCAAAAGGCACUGUCCUGCUUUGAGAAGGCAGGAGGGAACACUAGAUACUGCAGAAGGUGUGAUGGUGAUGACGAUGAUGACAUGAUCUUUGCAAAGUAUAUUGCCACUGAGCUGAGACAACUACCAAGCGGUGAUACUAAGAGACUGGUAAAGCAUCAAAUUCAGAAUCUCAUAUAUGGAGCACACUGCAAACCACACACACUACAAUCAUCAUAGGUUACUCAGUCUUACUCUCAAGUGAAAUGUUGUCUUUUUAUGUAAAUGAGUUUUAUUCUUGUCCAAAUGAUGAUUUAUAAUCCACAAUAGCCUUUCACUUUGUAUCAAAAUUAGGACCAUAAAUGGGUGUGUGUCAGUAAUCAAAUCAGAACACAUCUACAAUUCUAUGCUUUUGUGCAUUGCGCGUGCCAUUCCACACAGGUUCUAAAGUUUAUCAAUCAAGACUGAGUUACAAAAGGUGUUCAGGUAUAGCACUUAGAUUCAAAGUACUUUUGGGUUGUGUGUUAUAAUUUGACUAUUGAUUAAGACAUAUUUAGCUUUGACAAUUCAAAAUGUUUUAAAUUAAGUACAAAAUUACAAAUACAUGUAAACAUGUAUUUAUCACCUUUAGGCUUCAGCUUUACAAACUUCAGUUUCAUAUGAGUUCUUACUUCUGAGUCAUUCAUUGAUGAAGGAGAGUCAAAUUUCUUUUUUACCUAGUGUUUAAAGUGGCAAGGAAUAUUUUUUCAAAUACAUGUAUUUCAGAAACUGUUUUAAUGGAAAAGAGCAACAUUUCAGUUAACUGUAAUAUAUUUAAAUUCUUUGGAAUAUAAUGUACAUGUAUUAUGUAUAUACAUGUAAGUACAAUCAUGUAACAUAUUAUUCAUUAGAGAACUGAUGAGAUGUCACCAAGAGCCCCUUGACAAUCCAUUACUUAAAAGUCGAAGAUCCACAAUUAUACCUUAUGUUGUCCAAUGUUAAUGUGGUACGAUUUAUUCUAAUGAUAGUGUGUGUUCUUUGUGCUGUAUAUUCUCUGAUGAAAAUUAAGUACCAAAGAACAGAUGAAGAAAGUUAAUUAGAUUUUGCACUUACAAUGUACAUGACAAUCCAAUAAAUGCUACACCAGCAAUGGAAGUUGACCAUGACCAUAAAUAAAUAUAUGCCUUGAACAAAUAGUAAAAGAAUGUUAAAUAGGCUGAGAUUGCAUACUUUCAUGAACACUGCUAAAUAGAAAAAGUAAAAGCAGUAACUGUGCAGAAAUUAUUUUAAAAUCAAUGUCCAGUGCUGCUUUUUGUUCAUGCUGGUCAUGAAUUCUUUUCAAAAUAUUUCAUUGAACAUUGUGAUUGAAAUGAUAUUAACAAACUAGGCCAGUGAACUACUCCAGUUUUUACAUUUUUGUUACAUUUUACAGUUUUAAAAUCUGUUGUUACUUGUUACCUUUGUAUCUAUUUGAAAAUUGUAGAGAAUUUAGAUUAUAUGGGAAGUGAAUGAGUAAUGUCUUGAUGUUCAAAAUACAUGUAGAUAUACAAAAUAAGUAACGCUGCACCAUCGACCUUUGAUAGGAAGCCGCCUCCUCCUCUCCUUUUUGUUUUUACUACAUGUACAUGUAGGCAUAUUUGUUGCCUGUUAGUUGUGUGGAGAGAUGGUUUGGGGGUUUUGUUAUAUAUUUUUAUAACAUUGAUGUGUAUAUUUUGAAUUUCUGAUACAUGUACAGUCAAAAAACAGGAAAUUCAUGCAAUAAUUAUGUUUAUGAUUGGUGAGUGAUCUCGAUGUGAUGGUUUUAUUUAAUUGACUGUAAUAAUGUAAUGUGACAGUAAAUAAAGGUAAUAGAUGUACAAUCUAAAACCAUUAUUGUAAAAUCUA